GCGAUGCAAGGCUUUCUACCUGCCGGGCGGGUCUUCAUCCUCUCCUCGUUGAGGAGCCUCACCUGCUCGCCGAGUUGGCGGUGCUCGUCGGUGGUUGUGGCUUCGCUUGCGCUUGUUUUUGCGCGGAAGUCUGCGACCUCUUUAGCCACCUGGCCGCAGAUAUCCGUGGUGAACUGUGUCACCGGUGCGUGGAGGGUGAGGCCCUCUGCGCCUGCAGGCGCCAUGUAG